UAGCACAGACAGUGGGCUGCCAACUUGUUCCCUGCCCAGUCUGGCAGCUCUUCUCGACUUUCCGUGAACUUUUGUAAACAUUUCAAAAUACUCCGCAAAUUUGGACAUUUUCCGGCUUUAGCAUGUCCGGGGAUAUGCAUGCCACGCCCCAAUCUGGCCGCAGACCGCGGUUGGGCCUGGGAAGACGGACCUGUCAAUCCACGCCUCGCCUGCGACUCCAAGGAGAGGAACCAUCAGUAAAAACACCCAAAAGUGAGAGUCUGAAUACGCCGUCGACAUUUCCGCUAUCCUUGAGCGCACGCAGGAUAGGAUUGUCCAAAAACAGGACGGAGCUGACCAAGAAGAAGUUGGAGUUUGCUAUGGUCCAGGAAAUCAAGGAGAACAAGCCUUCGGUUAGUCAAGAAAAGGCGAAGAAAACGAACGAACCCAAGAAGAAAAAUCAGCGCAGAGAAAAGGGCAACAAACAAGAGGACGAAAAAGGCAAGAACAAGGAAAAAGACCUGCCCGGAAAGCAGAAAGAGGAGGCGCCCAAGAAGCGGGAGCAAGAUUCGCCCAACAAACUGCAACAGGAAUCGCCCAAGAACUUGGAGCCCACUCAACCAAAGAGCAGCAAAAUACUGGAGCUGCAAGGCGACAUUGAAAUCUGGCGCAAGGGAUUCAUAGCUUCCGUGGACGAUCUACAAGCCAUGGCAGAGCCUGGACUAACGAAAAGGGAACUCCUCACCCAGCUGGGCAUUCCCCUCGAGAUGCUGCGCUACCUGGAGGAGGAUUAAAAUAAACGUAGACUUUAAGAAAUUUAAAA